UUUUAACUUCAUGGUAAAGGUACUUAGAAAUGCCGUCUGUAUAGCGUGUGGAGCAUGAUAAUAUUUCUAGACAGAGAAAGAGAUAGAGAAUACUUGAAAUUCCUGGUUCAGAGCAAUUUAUAAUAUGCACGUGUAGUAGAAUUUUAUUGAAUUCAGAUAUCAGACUCAAUUUGUGUAAAAUAUUAAAGUAACAGUAAUUUAAAAAUAUUCAAGAAUGCUGAAUACCAGGACAAUAGCUAGUAUCGCUGUCGGUGUAGCGGGCUUAUUUGUUGGUUAUUGUUUCUACUUCGAUCAAAAAAGAAGAUUGGACCCGGAAUUUAAAAAUAAAUUGCGUGAAAGAAGAAGAGCGAAAAAAGAAGCACUAAAAUCAAACAGUGAAAUUCCAAAUUUAAAGGAUCAUGAUGUGGUGCAAAAAUUCUUUGUGCAAGAGGUUGAAUUGGGAGAAAAACUGUUGGCUCAGGGUGAUUUAGAAGGAGGUACUGAACAUUUAGCCAAUGCAGUUGCAGUUUGCAGCCAACCACAUCAACUACUGCAAGUUUUACAAAACACACUGCCACCACAAGUUUUCCAUCUUUUAUUGCAGCGACUACCAUCUUCUGGCCAGAAAUUGAGUACUCAAACACUGAUGGCAGAAGAAGAUGUCGAAUAAAAUAAUGAAGUUAUUAAGAAAUUAUCGAAUUGUAUGUGAAAAUAGUAACUUUAUUUAUCUCUUAUUAAUAAUAACAUUAUUCUGAAUAAAAAAUCGUCUUGAAUGUCCCGAACAUA